AUGGAGAAGCACCACAAACUCCGCCGUCCCGCCGGCAGCUCCAUCCACGCCUGCAACAUCUGCGGCAAGGAGGGGCACCAGGCGGCGCAGUGCACCAAUGGGACGGUGAAUUGGGCGGCCAAGUUCGGCCCCGCGUGGACAUCCGAUCUAGACGCAGUCAAAAAGGAGCCGGACUACAAGGAUAUCGCGGCACAGGCCAAGGCGUUCGCCGCGAAGAGGCUCGCGGAGGAGGAGAAGGCGAAGCGGAAGGCGGAGGGGCUCGACGUGGACGAGGACUCCGACAAGGAGGCGGAUCACGACGACGAGGGCAAGGCGGCGAAGGAUGGGAAGAAGGACUCCGGGGACGACGACGGCGACGGCGAUGAGGACGGCGCAAAUAAGAAGCGCGCCAGGGACGACGAUGACGCCGACGAAGGCGACGACGAGGAAAAGGCCGCCAAGGCCAAGAAGGAGGCUCCCGCGCCGGCGUCUGACUGGAAGGUGUUCUACGACACCUCGGGCAGACCUUACUACCACAACGCAAAGACGGGAGUCACCCAGUGGACGCCUCCGACCGCGUGA